GUGCCAUGUAAUUGUCAAAACAGAAUCAAGGAAAGCGAAUUAAUUUGUGGAAAUAAACAAAACAAACUAACGCUAAAGUGGUGUCGUUUUAGCUAGUUCCAUUAUCCAAUAUUUUUAAAAAGGUGCCUUUAUAAUGGCCGAAACGAAGGAGAAAGAGGAAAAUCCUCUAGAUAUUGACGGAAGUAACUUCAACCCAGAUAUGUAUUUAGAUUGCUUGUUAAAAUGUGCUACGUUGAAGCAAGUCAUGGAUAAGGAAGCUGAGGUAGUUACCCAGAGCCAGUUCCUUCAGUCAGAGAUGCAGACCUUAGUAUAUGAGAACUAUAACAAGUUUAUAUCUGCGACGGAAACCGUGCGCAAAAUGAGAACCGAUUUCAAGAUAAUGCAGGAAGAAAUGAACAAAUUAAGCGAAAAUAUGAACAAAAUCACUUCUUUUAGCGCUCAGAUAUCUGAAUCUUUGAGAGAAAGUGGAAACAAUGUUAGCAGACUGUGUGGAACGAGGCAAUUAUUAGAUAAACUCCAGUUCUUAUUCCUGCUGCCUUCUCAGCUUAAUAAAGCCAUUGAAGAUGGCAGAUAUGCUGAUGCGGUUCAUGAUUACACUCACGCCCAAAGAGUACUGCAAAAGUAUGGUAACCAGCCAUCUUUCCAGAGCAUUCAGACUGAAUGUUCAGAAAUAAUAUAUGGGCUGAAGAAAACUCUGCGUGAGAGACUGCUUAGUCCAGAUACAUCAGCAUCUGAAUUAGCUGAAAGUGUGGGCUUGUUGAGGCAAUUACAAGAAACUGACUCCUCUCUCCAGGAUAUAUUCCUUAGCUGCUCUGAAAGCCGGCUCGACCAGCACUUACAAGCUCUGAGUGCUAUGGUAGAAAGCACUGAUAUACUAGAAUGGGUUGAAAAAUGCAACAACACCCUUCUAGCUGACCUGGGUAUUAUCAUAUCAUGCUACCAUGAAAUGUUCCAAGACAGAGAGAGUACUAACAUUCCAGACUUUGCUGACAAAAUCAUGUUACAAGUAUUCAAUUUAUUUGAAGAGGUUGUGAAGAGACCAGACAAUAUUGGCACUGAAAUAUUAAUCAGGGGACUUGACAAGUUCUUCAGGAAACUGCAAGCUAUGACUGAGAUCAUUGCAAGUGACACCAUGUCUAACAAAGCUAUUGAUGUGGUCAUACAGUGCAUCAACCACAAAGCUACAAUACAAUACAAUUCUAUCCAGUCUCAAUUCAAAGACAGUUUGACAAAAGUGAGACAAUCUUUGGCAAGCAAGGGCACAGAUACUACAGAUUUAAAAGAUAUACUGAACUCUUUACAGGUAUACUUGAUGCAGAAAGUUCAAGCUUCACUAUUAGAUCUGAUGGCAUUCCUACAAAACAAUCUCUCAUUUGGUCUCAAACCUUGGUGCGCUAAGGCUGUAGCUGAAACAUGCUGGAAAGUCAUUUCAGAGACCAUGGUCAACCUAUCAGACAUGGUUAAAAAGAUGGCUUGUACACAAACAUCAAACAACAACAUUCCCUUUGAAUUAUUAUUAAUUUUAGCUAAAUUAUGUUUAGAAAUGCAAGAGAGUGGUGUUUCUACAUUACACACUCAUUUACUGAAGUUGUUAGAAGAAUCAGCUCCUGGUAUAACAGUUGAGAAUAAGGAUACAAACAGCGCUAUGGUGCACCUGUCUACAGCUGCUCAGGCCGCUUUGGAUGCUGAAGUGGUAUUUAUUGGACAGACAGCAGCACAGAUGUUGAGGGUAUCGGUGUUGGCUCGAGACUGGUUGAGGGCACCUGAACCUCGCGGACCGCGGGCUGUGUGCCGCAGAGUGGUCGAGACUUUAGCAAGUGCAGACAGCGCGGCGUCGCAACUAUUCCCGACUAGCAUCAAACCUUCGAGCGAUUCCAGUCGACGCACGAUUUGGUCGCGCGCGCCGUCAUCGUUCUCACCUCUGAACAGAAUAUUCUCGGAACGAAUUGAAGUGUUCAGCCCAGCUGGAGCAGACAGGGCCGCGUUAUCUAAUGGAGCUUUGAAGGUAGCUCUGAAGGCCUUGGUGGAGUGCGUCAGACUGCGUACUUUCGGCAAACACGGCUUGCAACAGUUGCAAGUAGAUGUGCACUUUCUUCAACAAAGGUUGUCCUGUAUGGGCAACGACGAACGGUUGCUGAACGCACUGUUAGAAGACGCGCUUGCGUCUGCGCAACUGAGAUGCGUAGACCCACAGCUGAUGGAACCUAGCAUUGUAGAUAUUAUUUGCGAAAGAGGAUAAAAACAUCGAAUUAUUAUUUAAAUAUCUCUAUUUAGCAAAUAAAUAUAUUUAUGGAUGAAAUGUCUGGAUGUAAAAAUAAAGAAACAAUACUAAA